AUGGUUCCUGAACUGCCUUUUGUUUGUGUUGAUUGCGGGAAUGGAGCAUGGGGACUUUACAACUCCUACGGCACUGACAUCUUGAAGCUCACUCAAUGCCGAAACUGCGAUCAAGCGGUCGACAAGUACAUAGAAUAUGAAGACGCCAUCGUUUACCUUGAUAUGCUUUUGCUGAAGAAGCCGGCGUAUCGGCAUUUUUUGUAUAACACGAAAGAGAAGUCCCCAUGGAAGCUCGUUAUGUUUCUGUUGCUGUUUGAAGCGUAUCGGGAAUGGAAAGUAGCGACGGAAGCUCUGAAAACUCAUGAACUGGUGUACGAAGAUCCGACGUGGGAAUAUUAUUUCCAGGUCCUUUAUUUAUGCAUAGAUGUGUUGGUAUUUGUUGGCUUUCUCGCUGCCGCAGCGUUUUUCACUGUGAGAAGCCAACUAGUUGUGAAGGGUUGUAUGCUUGCAAGUUUGGGCCACAUCAUUACUUUGAUCAGUGCACUUUGGAAAGUGGAUGACCGGUUUCUGACGCUCUCUGUGAUGUACAGCCUGAUUUGUCAGGCACAGUCGUAUUCUGUGGUGACGAGAUGGCCGUUGCCAGUGACAACUGUGAUCGUCGGAAUCGGGUUUCUGUUAGUUCUCGCGAUACCCGGAAGAUCUCUGGUCUACGACGAGUUGUUGCGAAGGAAAUAUGUUUUAUCCGAAGUCGGAUCUGUUGUGAAAUGUGACGACCCUCUAGUGUUACGCGAAGACUCGAAUAAUAACAUUUUGAUCAUGGAGAAAGUUGUGCCGAAACUGAAAUUCGCGAUUCCGCUGACGCAUCGCAAAUUGAGAGUGCCUGAGGGCCCUUUGGGCCGUUUGAAGAUGCUCAGAUACGUCGUCGGGGAUGUGAUCAAAAAAGAAAGGAUUGAAGUAAAUUACGAGGUGGGGCACGAAGCACGGCAGUACACUGAACGGGUGAGCAAAAUCUUGAUAUCGGAUGCCGUGCGUUACGGACCCUGUCAUCGGCCAACAAUGGAACUAGCUGAUUUUUGGCUGAUGGACAAAGCCUGCAUUCACAAGCUUUUCAAAGUCCUCCUCCCAAGAUAUCAGUCAGAUACGAAUGCAUCUCCGGCAUUCACUCGUCUCGUCCGCGCAGCUUCCGCGUACCCUCAAAGGUACUCUGACCGUUGCGUUUUGGAACUUAGAGGGAACCCGUUCCCUUCGUUGUUUCAUCGGGAAGGAGAAAAGGCCCGAGGCAGGAAGGAUUUGAUCCACAACGUUUUGUUGGCAGAGAUUCGGAAGGAGCGAAGUGAUCCGAGUGUUCAAGCUAGUGAUGAAACUCAUCCCUGA